CUUGUUUAACAACUAACCUCAAACUUUAUCAUUAAAUUUCAGAAAUGAGGAGGUUCUUGAUUGAUAGAGCAAGCACUGAAAAUGUGAAUGGUGUGCAAUCGGAAAAAGAAGUGGAGGCACAACCACCUCCUAACAUUGCCAAUGAAUUUAGUCCAAAUGAUAUUGAGCGCGAUCCAGGAAAGAGGAAACAAAUUUGUGAGUAUCCUCCUAAUAUUCAAGAUCAAGUGAGAAGAGCAUAUGUAUUGAAGGGUCCAAUGCAACCAGAUUUGAAUAAAUUUCCUCGUACUGAAUUUGGAAGUUCACAUUCAUCAAGAUGGAAGAAGGCAGCUUAUUGUUUUUAUUGCUUUCUCUUUAAGCAACCUGGAGGGCCUGUGCACUUUGGUUAUGAUGUAUUCACCAAAGAAGGAUUCACUGAUUGGAAGCAUGCAUCUAAAGCCUUCAAAGAUCAUAUUGGUGGUCCUGGUAGUAAGCACAACUAUUGCGUCAAGCAUUAUGAUGAUUAUAAUAAUCAGAGACAAAGUGUGGCAAGCAAUUUUGCUAGAACAAACAAGGAAUCAGAAGAAAUGUAUAAGAUCCGCUUGACUUGUUCUGUAAGUUGUUCAAGAUAUCUCAUCGGACAAGGCUUGGCUUUCCGUGGACAUGAUGAAUCCUCUACUUCUCUGCACAAGGGGAAUUUUAGAGAGAUGAUAGAUUUGGAAAAGAUUAAAAAUGAACAAGUGAGAGAUGCUUUUUACCGUGGUGGAAGAAAUUGCACAAUGACAUCUGGUGACAUUCAAAAGGAGCUUGCAAUGUGUUGUGCACAUGAAGUUACCAAGAGGAUCAUGGCUGAACUUGGUGAUAAACAAUUCUCUGUGCUUAUUGAUGUAUCGCGUGAUAUAUUUGUGAAAGAGCAAAUGGCAGUGAUGUUGAGGUUUUUGAAUGACAAAGGAAAGGUUGCACUAAAGAAUGCUCUUUAUGCAAUUCUUGAUCAUUAUAAGUUACCUAUUUCAAGGAUACGAGGGCAAGGAUAUGAUGGUGCUUCAAAUAUGAGAGGCGAGUUUAAUGGUUUGCAGAGAAAUAUCAUAGAUGAAAACCCUUUUGCUUUCUAUGUUCAUUGCUAUGCUCAUCGUUUGCAGUUGGUGGUUGUCUCUGUUGCUAGUAGUUGCUCAUCUAUUCAUGAUUUCUUUGAGUACAUCUACUUGUGA